CAGCAUUUCUCAGUGCAAAGACGUCCUCGGCACUUCAAGACAUCGAGCGACUCAGAUUCGAGAAAAAUGGCAUCAUCAACUCCGUCCUUGUUGGCCUCCAAGGCUACGCUAGCCAAUGGCAUCACAAUCCCUCGCGUCCAGUUGGGACUAUACAUGAUGUCAACCAAAGAGGCUACCGAAGCAGUUCGUCUGGGAUUGUUGAGUGGCUACCGAGGCUUUGACUGCGCCCAGAUGUACCGCAACGAGCGUCAAGCCGGCAAGGCCAUCAGCGACUUCCUGGGCAGCAGUGAGAACACCACUGGCUUGAAGCGCGAGGACAUUUUCUACACCUCCAAGCUUGCCAGCUGCGAUGAGUCGUAUGAUGCUGUUCGACGAUCCAUCAAGAAGUCUGUUGACGAGUCCGGCCUGGGCUACAUCGACCUCUUCCUCCUGCACAGUCCCUACGGCGGCAAGCAAGCCAGACUCACCAGCUGGAAGGCCCUCGAGGAUGCUAUCGACGCCGGCGAGAUCCGGUCUGCUGGUGUCAGCAACUACGGCUCCGCUCAUAUCGAGGAACUGAUGGCUUCGAGCCCUCGCAUUCCGCCUGUCAUCAACCAGAUCGAGGUUCACCCUUUCAACACCCAAAAGGACAUCAGGGCCACUUGCGCCAAGCACAACAUCACUAUCGAGGCUUAUGCUCCUCUCGCUCGCGCCAUGCGCAUGACUGAUCCCACCAUCAAUAGCCUCGCCAAGAAGUACUCGGUCACGCCGGCCCAGAUCUUUGUCAAGUGGGGUCUUCAGCACGGUUUCGUCACCCUGCCCAAGAGCACCAAGCAGGCCCGUAUGCUUGAGAACGCCAGUGUCGAUGGCUUCGAGAUCUCAGAAAGUGACAUGGCUGUCUUGGACGCCCUUGAUGAGCACUUGGUUACGGACUGGGAUCCUACCGAUGCUCCGUAA